AACAACUUGUAAGAGAAGGCGAGCGGAUAGCAGGAAACAAAUUUAAAAAGAAGAAGAAGAAGACGACGCGUCAAUAAAAGAGCAAGAGAAUCAAUACCUGACUCAGUGACUGACUCUACCUUUCAGCAAAGCAAUUGAGCGCCAAAAGGCAAUCUUUUUUUUUUUUUUGUUUGUACUCAGAAUAAAUAAAUAAACAAGCAGUAUUUAACCAAUAAUAAAAUAAAAUUUCCAUUUCACUUUGUAUAUAAAAACGAAACCAUACACAAACCGCCAACCUCCCAAAGCCAAUAGCCAUACCUCCCUAAACAAGUUUUCACUGCCAGAACCUCCCUGUGCAUUGAAAUGGAAGUAUCUGCUUCAAACAUAUUGAAAUGCGAUGAUGAGGAAAAGGCUUUGAAGGGCUUGCUUGAAGCAUUUGGUUCUGAAUUUUCUCUUGAACAAAUAGCUUCUGCUUAUUGCAAAGCAGGCCGAAAUGCAGAUUUUUCUGUUCAAAUCCUGCUAGAUAUGGAGGGAAGUUCCCCUACCUCUUCAAGUCAUUCAUCCAUUGGAGAGGCAAUGGAGAAUAAAAAAUCUUCUGAGUCAUCCAAUGGUUAUAUUCCGAAGAAGAAGUGUGAUGCAAAUGAAAAGUUCAAAACUGUAAAGCAAAAAUCGCAUCCGGUAUCUGGAGGAACUGUUUCAAGUGUUCUCGGUAAAAGUUACAUUACAUCCAUGCCAGUGACCAAUAACUCUUGUGUGGCAACCAAACCAUUGAAAUUGGAUGCACAGGAGUUCCCGAUGUCUGAACUCUGGGGAGAAGAACCCAAACAAAUCCAAUCAAAGCAUGACCAUAUGCACAAGGAUAUGGAAGAUUUUUUAUUCAACAUGCUAGGAGAUGGCUUCCAGCUGGAAAGGGGCGUGAUUCAACAAGUUCUUGAUGCAUGUGGAUAUGAUAUGCAAAAGAGCAUGGAGGAACUGCUCAAUCUGUCAGGAGUGAUUUUGGACAAAAGUAACAAAUAUGUAGGUAGUUCCAUUGGAAAGUUCACGGAUGUACAGUCAAAUUAUGGAAGACCUUCAUGUAAAAAAAAAUUGCAAUCGAUGAGUUCCCAUGGAGGAAUUUCAAAUGCAAAUCGGGGAGAAUUACCUGGGCUGGGGAAAGAGAGAAACAACCUCCAGAACGAAGUUUUGACUGCACUUUUUAAUGCUGCUGAGAGAUCUGAGGAGUUAUCUAGAAGAAAAACAAAGGCUGAACGGAGGUCGAUGGUAUAUGGAGAGCCGGUGGCUGAACCUCUAACAGACUUUACCUUAGAGAACAAGGCUGAUUCAGUGUACUCCCAGCAAGAUUAUGACAAAGUAUCAUCGGUUGAAGAUAAGGAUGGAGAGGAUAGUUACCAGCUUCUUCGUAAAGCUUGGAAGGAGUAUCGGGCUACAAUGAAUGAAUAUUACAAAGCUGGUGGUGAUGCAUUUGCCAAAGGAGAUUAUGAGCGAGCAAACAAACUUAUGGAUGAGGGACUUUUUUUUCAUGACAAGGCUCACGAGGUAGAUGAAGAAUCUACUCAGAAGAUUUUUGAAAGCAAAAAUGUUGAGACGCAAGACGAGAUGUUGCUUGAUCUACAUGAAUAUGGCACGAAAGAUGCAAUACGUUCCUUGAGGAGUAAUCUUCUCUUACUUUCAGGCAUCCCAUCUUUCAAGUACCUCAAAGUCAUCAUUGAAUCAAACAAGGAAGACGUUACGAAAGGGGAUGUGACGAAAGGGGCUCGUAGAAGAUUGAUCAUGAAGCUAUUAGAGAAGGAAUCAAUCGAGUGGACUGAAGGAGAUAUUGGAACAAUACUAAUUCAACUGGAUAAUAUCAACCCAAAGCGCUUGAGUUUCGCCAAAAAAUAGCAUGCAGCAUGGAAUCAAUUUGGUUUCUUGAGCCACCAUUUUUUGUGAGGAUGACAAUAACUUGAUCAUUUGUUGACAAGUUAUCAAAACGUUGACCAUGCAACCGUUAUAAAGGAAGGAAUGAGGAAUUUUUUUUUGAUGAAUUCCUUGGAAGUAGUUUUAGCAAUUGUUUUCUGUAAUUCGGUGGCAUAGUUUCUUGAUUUUGGCUUCGUUCUUGAGGUGCUUGAAAACUCCCAAUGGCAUUGGAAAAAGGUUAACCACAUCCUAACGAGUGUUUAGAAUUGAACAAAAAUUCAAGGAGGAAGAGGAGUGAUGUUUGUCCGAAA